CAUCUCUUCACUUGGGCGUUGGACUCCGCAUCUUAUUAGCAACAAGGGGAAUUUCUCCAUUUUGCAGCCUGUCUACAGCGACACGGCCACCAAUCUGGGAUUUUAUUACUUCUCCCUACCUGUCAGCUUUUUCCUGCUAUUAUUUGAAAAGAAAAAAAAAAACCUCUAACUGGACUUUGCUUUUCCCCCCUGUGAACUUUUUUUUUUUCCUCUGUGCAGACAGAGGGAGACAUCAGCGAAGAGCUUUGCGUUUCAACAAAGAGGCUUGUGAGUCUUUGUUCGGGUGUUUUUCUCUUGUGGAAUCGGUUGAGUUUCUUUGUUGGAGCGAAAAAAAAAGCAUGGGAGCGCAAUUGUCCAAGACACCUGGAAAGGCUGAAACCGCGGCGGAGAAGCCCGGAGAGGCUGCUGCUUCACCCACCAAGACCAACGGACAGGAGAACGGCCAUGUCAAAGUGAACGGGGAUGCGUCUCCUGCGGCCGCCGAAAACGGCAAAGAGGAGGUGCAGGCCAACGGCAGCGCCGCGGCCGAGGAGAGCCCCAAGGAGGAGGCCAAACCGGCCGAGGCGGCCCCCGCCGAGAAGGAGGCUGCGGAUGGGGAGGCGGUAGAGGCGGCGUCCCCUGCUCCUGCCGAGGGAGAGGAGGCGGUGGCGAAGACGGAGGACGGCGCCACGCCUUCCGCCAGCAACGAAACCCCCAAGAAGAAGAAGAAGCGCUUCUCCUUCAAGAAGUCGUUCAAGCUCAGCGGCUUCUCUUUCAAGAAGACCAAAAAGGAGACGGGCGAGGGAGCGGAGAACGAGGAGGAGGCGGCGGCGGCGGCAGCACCCACAGAGGAGGCCAAGGCCGAGAGCGCAGAGGGAGCCGAGGCUGCGAGCGAGGAGGCCAAGCCCGCCGCCGAGGGGGAGGCCGCGCCCGCCGCCGAGCCCGCCAAGGACCAGGUAGAGGCCGAGCCAGAGGCAGCUGCGGCACCCGCAGAGAAACCCGCCGAGGAGGCCAAGGAGGCGGCGCCCGCCGAGGAGCCAAAGGCAGAAGAGCCAAAGGCGGAGGAGAAGCCGGCCGAGGAGGCGCCCAAAACAGAGGAGGCCGCCCCGGCCUCGCAGGAAGCUGCGGCGUCGGCCGAGGCUCCGGCGGCUUCGGCCGAAUAACCCCGCAAAAGGAAUUUGGAGAGGGGGCAAAAAAAAGAAAAGAAGAUAAUCAAAGAACAUUUCCCUGUUUGUAUGUUGGAGUGACGCCGGGCUGAUCCUGGCUUUGAAGAACUUGUCUACAACCAGGGAUAUUUUAAAGCUUUUUCUUUUUCUUUAGUUUUUUUUUUAAUUUUCGGUUUCCAUUCCCCCCCUUACACAAAACCCAUCUCGGUCCAUUGUUACUUGCAUUCCAACGGGCUGGGGGAGGUGGGUGGCUUCAAUAUGUACAACCGAUUAAAUACAUCCACACUCUGCCAUAUAUUUUUUCAUCAGUAUUAAAAAAAGUUUUUUUUCCUUUUGAAUUUUUAUACAAAAUGUAAACAAAAUGGUAUGGACAUGCCCAUGGUAUGAAGGAGACGGGGGGAGAGGCGGGGGGGUUGAGCUGUAAAUGAAGGGGGGUUGGGGCUGGAUGUGCCAUGGACUAUUAUGAAAAAGAAUAGUCAGAAAGUAAACCUACGAGACCAACGAUCGCUAUACGCCAUGCGGUUCACAACACUAAGUCAUUUUUACGAUUUUUAGGACGACAAGAGAUCCCAGAGUUAGGUUCUUUAGAAAAGCUUUUCACUUCUCAUUAGCUGUACCAGUCGGUGAUUCAGUAGACAUACGAGUUGUAUAGGCUUUAUUGUUUAUUGUUGGUUUUAUGACCUUAAUACAAAUGUAAGUAUGUAUAGGCAGGGUGUUUUUAACUGUGAUUAUUGUACAAAAUGAAAUCUUGAUCUCAAGAAGCACAUGACGUUUGCAGCUCUUUUUUUUUUUUUAUUUCCCACCCGCUCAGAUUUGUAAGAUAACACGCAGCGCACAAAAAAAAAGUCAUCCCGGAAAAACCUUCUUAAGCAAUUUUGAACUCCAAACCAAGCUGUGAUAAGUGGAAUGGUUAACUGUUUAUAUACUGUGGUAUGUUUUUUUGAUUACAGCAGGCAAAUGCUUUUUUCCCCAGUGGUCUUUGACAAAAAUGUAAGGAAUCUAUCAGAUGCAAAUGUUUGUGUAGCAUCUUGUCUCUCUCUCUCUCUCUCUCUCUCUCUCUCUCUCUUUUUGUAAAUACUGGAGAAGCUUUGACCAGUUUGACUUAGAGAUGGAAUGUAACUUUGCUUACAAAAAAAUUGCUAUUAAACUCCUCUGCUUAAGGUGUUCUAAAUUUUCUGUGAGCACACUAAAAGCAAAAAUAAAUGUGAAUAAAAUUCGA